UACCGCUAACACUUUGUCUUAUUGGUCUGUUGUUUUAUUAAAUUAUUCACGACAUACGCUGGUCUCGGACUGUUAACUUGAUUUGGAUAUUUGCUCAUUGAAGUGUUUGUUGUUUGGAUUGUAUGCUGUUGUCUGAAAAUUGGUUUUGUUGAGUUUUUAGCUAAUGUUCUUCAAGACAUGAGGAUGUAUCGAAUGUGAAUAUUGCUAGCGUUGCGUUACCAUGGCAACACAGAUGAAAACAAAGCUGUCAGGUAUUGGGGGCCACUGGGCUUAAAACUGGAAAUUUUCACUAAUUUUCUAUCUUUCAGGUAACUUAACCCAGGACAGAAAUAGUUUGACAGUUUAAUAGGAACAAGUUGUUGCUCAUAGUGUAAACCUAGACCUUAAAACUAAAGGUUGAUUUCAUUUUACGUCAUAGAGUCUUUCUUUGCCACCAACAUAACUUAUAUUAUAAAAUAUGAAUGCAGUAAUAAAAGGUAAUAUUUCUUUCCUCCCAAAAGAUGAGACUGACAAUAAAAUGAGAUGCUCCCACCACUCAGUUAGAUGAUUAACUUCUGCGCACAAUUGUCUUUUUUUUAUUUUUUUAAAUCCUAUUUUGGAACAAUUAUCUUGCACAAGAUAAUUAUCUUGUGGGGACGAAUUAUUAGUUCGUGCGUAAAAAACACCACCUUUCGAACUUUGCACCGGGUAAAUCCCCUCCUCUCCUGGGAGGCAGCAGUAGUCGGUGUGGUAUAAAAAGGAGCAGCAGCAGCUGGAGGAGGAGGCUCCUUCACAUCUGGCGCAGACACAGCAGCAGCUGCGGACCGGGCAGAGAUGCGCGUCUUGGCUUUACUGUGGGUUCUUGGGUUCGUGCUGAAAGAGGCGCAGGCGUGGGGCUACAAGAACGGAAUAUUUCACAAUUCAAUAUGGCUGGAACAAGCAGCUGGAGUUUACCACCGGGAAUCGCGCAAAGGGAGAUACCAGCUGACUUAUAAAGAGGCCAAAGCUGUCUGCAAAUAUGAGGGAGGAAAGCUGGCCACUUAUGAACAGCUGGAGGCAGCUCGUCAAAUAGGUUUUCAUGUUUGUGCUGCUGGAUGGUUUGACAAAGGACGUGUUGGCUACCCCAUUGUAAAGGCUGGAGCAAACUGUGGCUUUGGGAAGGUCGGCAUCAUCGACUACGGUUACAGACUGAACAAAAGUGAGAGAUGGGAUGUUUACUGCUACAAUCCGACCUCCAAAGAGUGUGGCGGAGUACUGACGGAUCAGAAGAGGAUCAUUCAGUCCCCCGGCUUCCCCGACGAGUACCAGGAUGAACAGAUCUGCUACUGGCACAUCCGUGUUCGCCUGGGCCAGAGAAUCCACCUCCACUUCCUGGAGUUUGAUGUAGAAGAUGACACGGCAUGUUUAGCAGAUUAUCUGGAGGUGUACGACAGCUAUGACGACGUCUCAGGCUUUGCUGGGAGGUUCUGUGGUGAUUAUCUACCAGAUGAUAUCAUCAGCACAGGAAACGUGAUGACGCUAAAGUUCCUCAGUGAUGCUUCAGUCACAGGCGGUGGUUUCCAGUUACACUACACAGCCGUCAAUGCGUCCUUGUUCUCACAGGAUUAUUUUGACUGAGCAAAUGAAUAAUCCACUGUCUAAUCAUGUUACUGUAUUUAUAAUGAUAUUUGUUACCUCAUGCAGUUCUAAUGACUAAUCUUUUUUUAGCUGAAUAACGAAAUAGUUGUGGUAAAUAAAGGUCAUUUUACAGUU